CAAAUAGGCAGUAGCCAACGCAUAUGAGUACGUGUCACAAUUACUGCAACUGUUCUCCCAAGUGUCCACUAUACUAUGACAAAUCCAAAUCUACUUUGUCUAAUUUAAGCACCACUAACACCCCUCCCUUCUCCCUCAUCUUUUCCAUCUCCUCUGAUCAAAUCAUCUCUCUCUCUCUCUCUCUCUCACACACACACACACACACACAAGAAAAAUAAAAGAAAAAGAUUUAUCAGGCAUCAGCAGCAGGUGGUGGCGAAGGUAGCAAAUUAAAGAGAUUGAUUGAGUUAAGCUGUGAGAGAGACAGACAGCAGAUAAGGUAUAUAUAUAUAUAUAGUAGAGAGAGAGAGAGAAAAAGAAAGGCAUGCCGCAGCGUAGAUAUGAAUUUGGGAGCGCAGCAGAGGGCACCCACCCUGAUUCCAUGCGGGCUGCCUUGUCCGAGUUCCUCUCCACCUUCAUCUUUGUAUUUGCCGGCGAAGGCGCCAUCCUUGCUCUCGAUAAGAUGUACGGGGAAGACCAGCCAGCACCCAUAUUGCCCGCAGCGGGUGGGCUGGUAGUGAUCGCACUCGCUCACGGCUUGGGUCUUUUCGCUGCCAUAGCCUCCAGCACGAACGUCUCUGGUGGCCACGUCAACCCCGCCGUCACCUUCGGGGCCCUGGUUGGAGGAAGGAUCUCCCUCCUCCGCGCCGUCUUCUACUGGGUCGCCCAGCUCGCCGGUGCCGUCGUAGCCUCUCUCCUCCUCAGGCUAGCCACCGGCGGCAUGAGACCCGUAGGGUUUCACGUGAGCGCUGGAGUCGGAGUUUUGAACGCGCUUUUAUUGGAGAUCGUAAUGACGUUCGGGCUAAUGUACACGGUUUACGCAACUGGUAUCGAUCCCAAGAGGGGGAGCUUGGGGACCAUUGCACCGCUGGCCAUCGCCUUCAUCGUCGGAGCUAAUAUUUUGGUGGGUGGUCCUUUUGACGGAGCUUCGAUGAACCCAGCGCGGGCCUUUGGGCCCGCGUUGGUUGGUUGGAGGUGGCGCGAUCACUGGAUCUAUUGGCUCGGUCCUUUCAUUGGAGCUGCUAUCGCUGGGGUCAUUUAUGAAUACGCCAUAAUACCGUCCGAGAUCACCCCACACCACACCCACCACCACCACCAACCCUUGGCUCCGGAAGAUUACUAAUUGAGUCAUCUUGGUUUUAAAUAACAGCAUCGCAUAAAUAUCUGCCAAUAUCGAAGCACCCAACAUCAUGAUCAUAUAUAAAAGAAACAAAGUCUUGUGAUGUCUUGGUUUGCUCUUUCAAGUUUAGUUUUGAGAGUGAAUUCAGUUUCUGUGUUUGUUUUCAGUACUUGUGUUUUGAGCUUUCGUCUUUCCUUUCUCUAGUUUACAUGUAUCAUGUCAUGUAUGUGUAGACUUUAAUAAUAAUAAAUAAAUAAAUAAAUUUGUAAUCGCAAUAUAAUAAUUUGACAAUGAGACCCC